AAACAUAACACCUUCAAAAGUCAAAACCCUAAUUCUUUUCUUUUCUACAAAAACUCUGCUUCUCCGGCGCCACUCACCAAUCGCCGACGCCGCCCCGUCAUCUCCGGUUUCAGCGACCCUAAAAUAGCAUAUACACCCCUGGAGUAAAUACAGUGGAAACAAAGAAAGCCAAGUAGAUGGCGGAAGAAGCAGUACUUGGUUAUUUACAAAAACAUGAACAGAUAGUAGAUUCUGGUGCGUUCGCCGCUGAACAAGGGAUCAGCCAUGAUGAAAUUGUCAACGCCAUCAAGAGUCUUAAUGGCUUUGGAUUCGUUGUUGCUCAGGAUAUUAAAAGGGAAAGAUGGCAAUUAACGGAGGAAGGAAAAACAUAUGCUUCUGCAGGAUCUCCAGAAUUCCAACUAUUCACAGCCGUCCCACCAGAGGGGAUCUCACGGGUAGAUCUGCAGAAAAAGCUAGGAGACUCGGUCUUCAAAAUAGGUUGCCAGCAAGCAAUUAAAAACAAAUGGGUGGAGAUGGGGAAACUACAAGUCUCUAGAAAGGUUGAAAAUGUUGAUGAUAGUGUGAAGGCUUUCCUUGCAAAGAUAAAUGACGGAGAGGCACUGAACCAAGAAGAUAUUGAUGCUCUGAAGCGAAGAAAACUAAUUCUUCUACAUACAUGGAAAGGUUACUCUGUCAAAAAAGGUCCUAACUAUGCCCCAGAAAGAAGAAAGCCUGCUACUGAUUUAACUCGAGAAAAUUUGCAAAGUGGUGACUGGAAGAAUUUAGAGUUCAAAGAGUAUAAUCUCAGUACAAAAGGCGCCCCCAGCGAAGGAGGUUAUCUCCAUCCAUUGCUUAAGGUUAAGUCGCGGAUUCAGAUGAUUUUCUCUCUGAUGGGAUUUGAGGAGAUGCCAACAAAUAAUUAUGUUGAAAGCAGCUUCUGGAACUUUGAUGCACUUUUCCAACCCCAACAACAUCCCGCACGUGAUUCGCAUGAUACAUUCUUUUUGAAAGAACCUUCCGUUACGAAGAUUCUUCCUGAAGAUUAUGUUGAAAAGGUGAAGCAGAUACACGAGUCUGGAGGUCAUGGAUCAAGAGGGUAUGGAUAUGACUGGAAACGGGAGGAAGCAAAUAAAAACUUAUUACGAACUCAUACAACCGCCGUGUCCUCAAGGAUGCUGUAUGCACUUGCAAAGAAACCUUUUGAACCAAAGAAGUACUAUUCGAUUGAUCGAGUUUUUAGAAAUGAAGCUGUUGAUAGGACACAUUUGGCAGAAUUUCAUCAAAUAGAAGGGCUUAUAUGUGAUCGUGGACUAAGUCUUGGGGACCUGCAGGGUGUGCUUCAUGACUUUUUUUCUCGUUUAGGAAUGUCCAAGUUGCGUUUCAAGCCUGCUUACAAUCCAUACACUGAACCAAGCAUGGAAAUAUUUGGAUAUCACGAAGGCUUCAAGAAAUGGGUUGAAGUAGGAAAUUCUGGAAUGUUCAGACCUGAGAUGUUACUUCCAAUGGGACUUCCCGAGGAUGUUAGAGUUAUCGCUUGGGGCCUUUCCCUUGAACGACCAACUAUGAUACUUUAUGGCAUUGACAACAUCAGAGAUCUCUUUGGGCACAAGGUGGACCUCGAUCUCAUUAAGAGCAACCCUAUUUGCCGCAUUGGUCUAUAAUAGGAAUCAGUCAAAGAUAAAGAAGAAUUGGGAGAUUAAUAUGUGUGAUCUUAGGUUUAUACUCACUUUUUGGCACAUAACAACACAUCAUUGUGAUCAUUUAAGCUAGUUGCUCAUUACGAUGCUUUUGUUUAACAUAUUUGAAGAUUAUAACGAGCUUUCUAGUCUUAUGAAAUUGUGCAAGUGAUGGUUUUUCUUCUGCAA